GAGAAGAAGAGUACAAACUGGGAUUACAAAACGCUCAAACCAAUCAACUAAUCUCACCAACAAAUCUCUUAAUCUCUCCAAAUAAACCCUCAAACAAUUGCUCAGAAAAACUAUCCUUUUUCUGUACUCCAAAUAUCCCCAAACAAAUCUCCAAACAAAGCCAAAGAAACCCUAAUUUGUAUGUUGCUAUUUAUAGCAAACACCAAACCUAAUAAGAACAGGAAACACAAAACAGGCCCUGACCUGAUUGGCGGUCGACCGCCCAAAGUUCGCGGUCGAUCGCGAUCAAGCGACAGAGACCAAAUUCGCCUACAGGGUCUCGCGGUCGACCGCGUCAAAUCCAGACUCCUACUCUGGCUUGUGCACGUUCGCGGUCGACCGACCUUGCGCCGCGGUCGACCGCGCAGCACCCAAAACGACUCAUGCGCCUCCAAACCUGUUCUGAUCCAAAAUUUCUCGCCGAUUCUACAGAUUGCUCGGAUGCCAUCCUAAAAGACUUUAAAUUUACAUAAAUCCCCUUAAAACAUUUUAGGAAAAUAAUCAUGUUAAUAAUAAGGGAAUAGUUGACCCACUGCCAAAAAAAAAAAAAGGAAUAAAUUUGUAGUAUCCUACUACAACUUAUUUUGGUAGAUGACUUUGGGGCCCUACGGAGACGACACUCUUGUAGCUGUCUCUCUGAAUAUCGCCAGAGAGGGAAUCAGAGAGAGGAGAAACAAAAGAAUCCCCACUUCAUUUCUCUUUCUUCGUUCUCUCUCUCUCAUCAAUUCCUCAUUAGAGAGAGAGAGAUCGGACCUUCUUCAUCCUUUGGAUCCUUCUCUCUUUCUCUCACUACAAAAAAGUAGAGAGAGAGAGAGAGAGAGAGAGAGAGAGAGAGAGAGGAGCAGCAGAAGAGGGAAUGUAAGCUGUUACCCCCGAAUAAAAAAAACCCAGCUGUCCAUCUCCCAAAAGGAACCAAUCCUUUUCGUCCUCCACCUUUCUCCUCCCUUUCCCACUUUGUUCUCUCUCUCAUCCAAGAUCUGUUCUUUUUUUUCCCACCCCCUCUCUGUCCUCUCACUGCCAAUGCUGUGUCCUUCACAGUCUCAAUUUGGGUAUUUUUGGAGUGAUUUCUGGUCUCAAUUCCGUCUGGGUCUGUUCAGAUUUCAAUUCCAUUGGUUGGCCUCUUUCUUGCGUUAUUAUGCUAAAUACUUUACUGCUGUGAAUUGGGGUUGACUUGAAUUUUUCUGGGUCAAGUGCAAAAUCUCAUUUUAUUCUCUUUUUUAGGGACAUUGUAUCUGGGUUUCUGUCAAAAUCAGCAUCUACAGUGUAGAGUGCGUAAAGGUUGGGUUUUUAGCCCCGUCUGAAGUUCUGUUAUUUUAUGUUAUUUGCAGUUUGGUUGUUUAUUUUAUUAAGAGGGAAUGCAGCUCAGUAUCUUGUUAGUCAUCCUAUGGCUAGGCCUUGCAGCAGCAAGUUCAGAUAUAGAUGCUCUCUUGGAAUUCAAGAAAGGGAUCCGAAAAGAUCCGUCAGGCAACAUUAUGGAUUCAUGGGAUCAAGUUAACUCGCAGGAUUCUGGUGGGUGUCCUGUAAAAUGGAAUGGAGUUCAGUGUAAUGUUGACCGAGUGUCUUCGAUCAAUUUGAAUGAUAUGGGAUUGGUUGGAACCAUCAAUUUUGCUGCCCUUGCCAAAAUGCAGAUGCUUCAGAAUUUGUCAGUGUCAAAUAACUAUUUCAAUGGGAAGUUAUCUCCUGAAGUUGCGCUUAUUGGUUCGUUGCAGUUUCUCGAUCUCUCGGGUAACUCGUUUGAUGGGUCGAUACCUGAUGAUUUGACUAAAAUUGGAAAUUUGGUGUCUUUGAAUCUGUCUUCAAACAAUUUCAGAGGUCCGGUUCCUUCUGGGUUUGGCAAUUUGAAGAAGCUGAAGUACUUAGAUUUGGGAAGCAACAGUCUUUCUGGUGACCUUGAUGGUAUACUUAGUGAAUUGCAGAGCGUGGUCUAUGUUGAUCUCAGCCAGAACCAGUUAUCUGGCUCUAUUGAGUCACUUUCUGACAAUUCGAGUAUUAUUGAUUCGUUGCAGUACUUAAAUAUCAGCCACAAUAAAUUGUCUGGCAACCUAUUCGCUAAAGAUCCAGCUCCGGUUUUUGACAGUUUGGAGGUGUUUGAUGCCGGCUUUAAUCAACUUAGUGGAAAUGUUCCAUCCUUCAAUUUUAUGUUUUCUCUUCAAGUUCUAAGAUUGGAAAAUAAUCAGCUUUCUGGCUCUUUGCCUGAGGCAUUGUUUAAGGAGAGUUCAUUGGUCUUGGCUGAACUAGACCUGAGCUGCAAUCAACUUACAGGUCCUAUCAAGAUCAUAACCUCCUCUUCUCUGAAGACUCUCAAUCUUUCCACCAACAAACUGACAGGUUCUUUGCCUGCCAGAGUUGGAAGUUGUGCCACUGUUGAUUUUAGCAAUAACAUGCUAUCUGGGAAUCUUUCAGAUGUUAGAAAUUGGGGAAAUUAUGUGGAAGUUAUCAAUCUAAGUUCAAACAAAUUGACGGGAACAUUGCCGAAUGAAACAUCUCAGUUUCUGAGGCUGAUGGCUUUUAAGGCUUCAAAUAACUUGCUAUCUGGAGAACUUCCACCAGUAAUUGGGACAUAUCCUGAGAUAAAUGUCAUUGAUCUUAGUCUCAACCAACUAUAUGGGAUAUUACCUUCUACUCUAUUUACAUCAUUGAGAUUGACGGAUCUGAAUCUUUCAGGAAAUAGCUUUAACGGACACAUCCCAUUUCCAAAUUCAGCGGCCUCCAUGUCCUCAGAUAUCCCUUCACUUCCCAGCCAAGGUCUCAGUCUGGCUUCUCUUGAUCUUUCAAAUAACUCAUUGAACGGUUCAUUGCCCGAAAACGUUGGUGCUAUGACUGAGUUAAAAUUGUUUAAUAUCGGAAGGAACAAUAUCUCAGGAAAGAUCCCAAAAGAAAUUGGCUCGAUCCAUAGCUUGCUAUACAUUGACUUGUCUAAUAACCACUUCGAAGGCAGCAUACCUGACAAUUUUCCUGAAGGCCUUCUGGAAUUCAAUGUCUCAUACAAUGACCUUUCUGGCACUGUACCUGACAAUUUGCUGAAAUUUCCUACUUCAUCAUUUCAUCCAGGGAAUAACUUGCUGGUUAUCCCUAAUUCACCUCCUUCAAAUAAUCCUGAUCUUGAUAACGAGAAGCAUAGUCAUCGAAUGAGAAGGAUAAUUAUGUAUAGUCUUAUCGCGGGUGUUGUCACAAUUGCUAUCCUUGUUCUUGUGGCGAUUCUUAUUUACCGUAGGGUUUCUCACAAAGCCGAUGCUACUGAGCAACAACAAAUUACGGGCACUAACGUUUUUGGUAGACGAAAAAAUGCAAAGGCACCUGCUUUGAAUACAAGUUUUUCUCAUGAUCAUUUGCUUCCAUCAGGGUCAGCUUCUUUGCCAAUUUCGAGAGAAUCUAAAGAACCUGGCGUUCAUGGGUCACCACCAAAAGUUAAAGGAAAUUCCUCAAUGUCUCUUAUGAUGCCUCCUAAUGAUCCUACUUCAUCUGAGAAUCCUUCAGUGCUCAAUGUAUGUUCUCCUGAUAGACUAGCAGGUGACUUGCAUCUAUUUGACAAUACAAUCCUAUUUUCAGCAGAGGAACUUUCUCGUGCACCUGCAGAAAUUAUUGGGAGAAGUUGUCAUGGGACUUCGUAUAAGGCGACAUUAGCCAGUGGGCAUAUAAUCACUGUGAAAUGGCUAAGAGAAGGCAUUUCAAAGAGUAAGAAAGAAUUCUCUAGGGAAGCAAAAAAACUUGCGACUAUUAGGCAUCCCAAUAUUGUAUCUCUAAGGGGUUUUUAUUGGGGUCCAAAAGAACACGAGAGACUUAUCAUAUAUGAUUAUUAUAUUGGUGCAGCAUCUUUGACGGCACACCUCUGUGAGUUUGAACAAAGAGGGCUUCAACCAUUAUCCCUGAGCCAGAGACUUGCUAUAUCUGUAAAUGUCGCUUCCUGCCUGAACUACUUGCACAACGAGAGAGCGAUACCCCACGGAAAUCUCAAAUCCUCAAACAUCAUAAUCCAGUCUACGGACAUAAAUACCCUUCUCACUGAUUACAGUCCUCACAAGAAUAAUGAAUCAGCAGGAAUGGCUGACCAAGCUUCUGAAUGCGGUGCUCUUGGAUACCGCCCUCCGGAAUUUGCGAACACAAUUAAGCCCUGCCCUUCUCUGAAGAGCGAUGUAUAUGCUUUUGGUGUAAUUUUACUUGAAAUCUUGACUGGAAAAAAUGCUGGAGAGAUUGUAUCGGGGAAUCCUGGAGUAGUAGAUUUAACUGAUUGGGCGAGACUAUUGGCGAGCGAGAAUCGCGCUUAUGAGUGCUUUGAUAAGCGUGUUCAAGAAACGGGUAAUUCUGAAGAAUCUACAAAGAUUUUGGAAGCUAUGCUGCAAGUUGCUCUCAGGUGUAUAAGAUCAGCGCCAGAGAGGCCUGAGAUUGGAACCGUGUACGAAGAUCUUUCUUCUAUAUCGGUAUAGGAUACAGUAUGCAGAUUUGUACAUCUACUGACCAGUCUGAUGAAUUUUGAUGCCAUUGACUCUACUGCUAACCGACGGCGUUGGUGAUUCUUUUUUCAAUCUUCUUCUGUCUUGUUUUUUCGUCGAGCGUUUGUUCUAUUCUUUUUUAUGUAGAAUGUUUUAUUAGUGGUUUGUGGCUUGUAACGGUGGAAGUGCGAAUCUGUAGUAUUCAGCCUAUGACUCGUAGGCAGAAAAUGCGUUUAUAAAGACUACGUAUUUGCACUCUUGA